CUAAAAUCUGUCGCUUGUCGUGGGCAUAUUUUUUCUAGACUUAAUAAUUUCAAUUUUAUUAUUGAAUUGAAGGAAUUUAGCGGUGUUGUUUGCAGAGAGAUUUAAAAGUAUUACGUAGUUAAUUUUAAAACCUUUCUAUAUGAUGCAAUUAACUACCCCUUUAUAAUUAUAUAAAAUAUGUCCUGUUGAAAGAUUAUGCUUUAAUUCUACGAAAACAUAGAAUUACAGUAAAAUGUUACCCUCUAUUGCUAUCAAAUUCUGCUUUCGGAAACUGGGAAGGUGGCCUGAUCAAUUCAAAUAUGUGCAUAAAUUAUAUUUUGGAAAUAGAAGGCUGCAACAAGAGUUUUCGGUCGCCGACAAAAUAUUUUGCAGAUAUAUAAACACAUCUAUUCAUUUUUACGACAAGAGCAACGCUAAAGAUGCAAAAGAUUAUUCUGAAAACUCAUCCAUAAAAGAUGAACAUAAGAUAAUCAAACAAAGUGCCACUGGUGACAUAAUAGUUAAAACUGAAACUGAUGUUGAUAAAGUAGUCACCAAAGUUACUAUAGAAAAGUCACAACAAGAAACAACACCUCCACCACAACAGCCUACGCCUGCUCCAGUGAAAAAGAGGCUUUUAAUAGAUUUUUCGGCAUCUUAUACUGAGCGGAACUUCAUUACUCCAAUGCGUGCUAUGACAGAGUAUUUGCUCAAGCAGUCUGAUCUUGAAACCCUUCCUAAAGUUUUGAGGAGGUCACCUUAUGAAGCAGAGCCACCUAUAACAGUUUAUUAUAGAAAAGACGUUGAAGCCAAAGCCAUUGAGGUCUGGGGUUCAAAAGAAGCCUUAGAAAAGGAAUUACUAAGACGUGAGCUGGACAGGCGAAGAUAUGAGCAAGAUGUGUUCACUGUAAAAAGAAGGUUAAGAAAUUACAGACGUGAGAUGAGCCACAAACGCCUAAGACCUGAGACAGAGGAAUUGGGCUUAAAGACUAGAUCUGGUAGAGUAGUGCUCACUGCAAUAGGAAUAAAUGGAUGCAACUUUUUGUUCAAACUAUGUGCCUGGUUCUAUACUGGAUCACAUAGUUUAUUUUCGGAAUGUAUUCACUCACUUGCUGAUACAGUCAAUCAACUGAUUUUGGCUUAUGGUAUACAUAAAUCUGUGCAAAUGGCAGAUCCUGAUCAUCCAUACGGAUAUACAAAUAUGAGAUAUGUAUCAUCCCUAAUAUCUGGUGUUGGUAUAUUUUGUGUUGGAAGUGGAUUGUCAUUUUACCAUGGAGUCACUGGCAUUCUUGAUCCUCAGCCCUUACAUGAUUAUUUUUGGGCAUACUUUGUACUGGGUGGAGCAGUUGUUUCUGAAGGUGCAACAUUGAUGGUUGCAUUAAAUGCUGUUCGUAAGGGUGCAAAAGAAGCAAAUGUUCCUCUGUAUGAAUAUGUGAUGCGCAGCUCAGAUCCGUCUGUAAAUGUAGUGCUACUAGAAGACACGGCAGCGGUUGCUGGUGUGACCGUGGCCGCGUCCUGCAUGGCUAUAUCUCAGUACACUGGCAAUCCCUUGCCCGAUGCGAUCGGCAGCAUCCUUGUGGGCACCCUGCUCGGUGGCGUAGCCUCCUUCAUUAUCCUUAGUAAUGUUAAUGCACUAGUUGGCAGAUCCAUUCCUCAAGAACAGUUGGACGAGAUAAAUAGUGUUUUAGAGCGAGACUUCAUGAUUAGAGCCAUUCACGACGUGAAAGGCAUAGAUAUUGGAAGCAAUCUAAUAAGAUAUAAGGCUGAAGUGGAUUUUGAUGGAAGAGCACUUACACGAUCAUAUCUAGAAAAACAUGAUCUAAACCUGUUAUUAGAGGAUAUGAAAAAAAUCGAAACGAUUGACGAUGUCGAAGCCUUUCUUCUAAAACAUGGUGAAAACAUCGUGGACAUGUUGGGUGGUGAAAUAGAUAGAAUAGAGUUGAAAUUACGGAAAAAGUUCCCGCAAGUUCGUCAUUGUGAUUUAGAAAUUCUCUAAGGCACAGCUUCAUUCUAUUUAGUUAAGCGAGUACUUGGAGAAGUCAAGAAUAAUAAUACGUAUUUAAUAUUUUUUCUUAAAUUUUAAGUACCAAGUUACACAGCACUGUUUUUCUAAUGGAUAUGCUGGAACUUGACAAGUUAUUAUUUACACAAACAUUGUGAUGUUACUUUGCUCGGAAGCUCAACAUAAACAUUUAAAAAGUACCUACUCGAGCAUAGAUUUAAUCCUGUGAUUCGUUAAUAAUUUUACUAAUGACAGACUUGAUAUCCUUGAAUUCAGCAGAUUCAUUUAUACGUGCUGGCUGGACAGGCCGUAUCCGAAAUGACACUCAAAAUGCCUUUCUAACUCGAGUACAGAUUCAAAUCUAUGAAUGAUUUAGACCUAGCUACAGUCAAGUGACGAUUGCUUGCAUGUUGCGUAAAAUUAAUCAAAACUAUCUACAUAUGUCUCCGAGUGACAACGUAUUUUGCAUAACAAAUAUGCACAAAAUACGCCUGUCGUCAUCUGAAAGUUGUAUGCAUUCGUCAAAUGACGAACCGUGGACAGGGUGUGCUUAUACUACCCGUUCGCGCUAAGUUUGCCGGUCUGUGGAAUGCGCGUCCCCUUCCCCAACCGCGAUUAAACGCAAUUAAGUGUCUUAUUUUACGCAAAUACACAAUUUUUAUCAAUAUUAAUAAAUAAAAAAUAUUUUCAAUAUGGUUUGCUAUAGUUAUAGACGCUUUCCUUCGAGUGACGUCAUAUCGCCAGCGGCAAACUUAUCGCGAACGGAUAGUAAUAUGUUUUUAGACUAUGUAUUCUAUUCAUUCUAUAGAUUUUCUCGAGUUUAAAUGCAAUUUUGGACUGACAUUUUAUAAAUAAUUAUACGCCUCAGAUACAGAUUGUAAAAGAAUCACGCCCAACUAAUAGUGGUCACGCCCUCUUGUAUGGUUUUUUAUUUUUAUCUGUAAAGUGGCUUCCAAAAUUCGAGCAAAGUGACUACCUACCGGGACGGACAUAAAUGUUAUUCCGAAUUAAUUGUUAAUCCAUUUAAGUAUAUUAAUAUUAUGUUAAGUAGGUAGCUUCAAUAUAAAGAUAUUAUCUCUUUUCUUCUUUACCAACAGCGGCGCGUGAACGCUGAUGUUAUGUCUAGCUAAAUAAUGUCGAAGUAAUUUUUUAAAUUCUCUCAACACGUUUCUCUGUGAUUUAGUUGUAAAUAAAAUAUACUAUGUAAGUAUGUAAUUGUAUAGGUGUAAAAUUUCAAUAGUUAGUUGACAAAAGCUAGCCAAUGUACAUAAGUGUAGAGAUAUUUAUUAUUAAACGUUGAAGUUAAAUUUCGUUACUGCUUUCUUUUGUUAGCCUUCGGAUAAUGUGAAGAUUAAGACUUAAUCUCACAUUAUUUAGUUAUGAAACAUGAUUUUUUGGCUUUUAUCACAAUAUUUCCCAGCAUGAACGUUUGUGAAUGCCGCGAACAUGCAUAAAAAGUGUAAAUCAAGUAAUAAAAAUAUAUUUCUUCUGUAGGUACUACAUAAUAGUCUUGAAAAAAAACCUUUCGAAUAUUCAGGUAAACAAAAAUUAUUCUUUGUACAAUAAUAUCAAUGAUUUGUUUCUGCAACCCUGUUCAUUCAAGUUCAAGUUUUUCUUUUUUCAUCAAUCUUUAUUGAUAGAUAACAUCACAAAAAAAUAAAUGACAGGCAGGGUAUUGUACUUAAACCACAUAUUCCAAUUAUUAUAAUUUAAUCGGUACAAAAUAUAACAACUCCAUUUAACUUAUACCUGUCCUGCCUUUAAUUAAUAAUACAAUAAAAUACACUGUGACAUGAUGACACAAAACAUGUAGUAAAUCAGUGCUUGACAAUAAAUUAUGUUGAAAAAAUGUGAUAAAAUGUUUAAUUUAAAUUAUUUACUUUUAUAUAAGGCUACCUAUCCAUCAUUUAUUCAUCCUUCAAACCACAAAAAAAUAAUUAAUAAGAACAUAGAUUUUAAUAGAUGACACAAUAUGAGGUUUAACCCCUUUAUUCAUAAAAAUAAAACAGAUUUACCACAUAACAUACAGUUUUAUGUAAAUAUCUCUCUCUUCUCAUCACAAUCAAUUGAGAUUUGACUGAGAAUAAAUAAGCAUUAAUUAGCUAGAAUAGUAAUAAAUGUUUUAAUAUUUAUGAUUAAAGGGAUAUAAAUUAUAUAGCUAACUUUCAACCACCUUUUAGUCUCUCAAAUAUUUUUAAAAUAUGUGACAUAUUUUAUUCAGACUCCAUAUUUAUACUGCCCAAAUAAAAGAUGGGGAUCAUGAUAUGUAA